GUUGAUCACACACGACGGCAAUGGCGAGGCACAGCAAAAAUGAGCUUUUAGCAUUAAUUUGCUUGCAGAGUACAACAUGAAUUCUAAGAGACGAGGGACAGCGCUCAUCUUCAACCAGGAAAACUUUCACUGGAAGCUAUCCAUGAAAAAACGUUGUGGUACAGCUAAAGACAAAGAAAACCUCACUGAAAGAUUUCAAAAUCUAGGGUUUGGUGUGGAAACUCACAAUGAUCUAAACAAGGAGGAUAUGAUGAAGAAAAUACAUGAAGCUGCAGCAGCUGACCACACAGAUGCCGACUGCUUUGUCUGCGCUUUCUUAAGUCAUGGGGAAGAAGGGCACAUCUUUGCCUAUGAUGGCAAGGUUAACAUUAAGGACAUAACAGCUCUCUUCAGAGGAGAUACAUGCCAGAGCCUUGUAGGGAAACCCAAGGUCUUCAUCUUCCAGGCAUGCCGUGGUAAUAUAGGUGACGAUCCUGUGACCCCCAUGGGGGUUGUUGAGGAAGAGGAGGAGGAAGAGGAGGAGGAGCCUGCUAUGAUCUACACCCUCCCAGCAGGGGCAGAUUUUCUAAUGUGUUACUGUGUAGCUGAGGGAUACUACGCCUUUCGCAACAGAGACUCCGGUUCCUUCUACAUUCAGGACCUGUGUGAGACACUGAGAGAUCAUGGCUCCACGCUGGAGUUCACCGAGCUCCUUACCCUGGUCAACCUGAAGGUCUCCAGACGCAGCACUGAGCGCAGGGAUGGGAAGGGAAAACAGCAGCCAUGUUUCACCUCUGUCCUCACGAAGAAACUUUACUUCAGACCCAAGGAGUAAAGUACAACUGUUCCACUAUUAACGUCAUCCAGGGUGAAACACUGCCUUGUCUCAAACAAACGGCCUCACUGCUAUAAUGUCAACAAAAAUUCAUUCGUUUUCCCAUUUUUAUCAUAGUUGAUGACCUUCAUGACCUCUCUGAAACAAAUACUGAUAUAUGAACCUGAUUGCUUUGACAUCUUUUUGACAAAUUAAUGUUUGCAGAGGUUGUGUAACCCCAGUGCUUCGCCUUUGUACACAUGGACAUUACAUCAAUUCCCAGUUGUGUGUGUAUGACCACUGCACUUCUCAGAACAGCCCAGACUAGAAGAGUAGGUUCAGCAGGCUAGUCCCCAUUCUUUACAUAUAAUGCAAAGCAGCCCACUAAACCCAAAACAAUCCAAAACACCUCACACCUCACUGCUAACAAACACAUACCUCACAUUUCCCUGCUAACUUCUUUAAUCUGCACAUUUUAAAAAUAAAGGUGAUAGUCCUUCAUAACAUACCAAAGCCAAUCAGAUAAUAAAA